AUGCGAGCUUCCGCUCUCCUUCUGGCCUCCCUCGCCGCAGCCCUUGCUGCUGUGGCGUUCACGGGCGUGUGCAGUCUGUUGCGUGCAAGAUACGUCUACUCUGGGCUCGCCAUAACGUGGCCGGCGGCAGCAUUGGUUGGACUGCUCUUUAGGUUCUGCGCUCAGAUCGUUCGCAGCCACCAGGAGACAGCCGCUGUCCCGAGAGGGCGAUGCUCGGGCGCGGGCAGCGUGGGCACUGGCAAGGAUACUGAACUUGAUUGGCACGAGGCUGCGCCUGAGCACAGAAUCAACGCGAUGCCGUCAACGGAUGAGGUAAUGCGAGGUCCUGGUUCGGAGUCGGCGGAGCCAGCAAAGGAGGAUGCGGAGGGGGGUGGGGCGCGGGAAGAGCAACGGGAUGCGCGACGAGUGGUGCGCAAGGUGAAAAUGGGCGGCCCCAAACCGUGCGACGUGUGCGCGCGUGACGUCGACCUGCUGGUGCGCUGCCAGGCCGACGCAAGCAAUCAGCAGUGGAGGAUGGUGUGUGGCCGCUGCUGGAAGGCGGUCGCAAAGCAGAAUCCACACUAUCGGUACGGCGGGCUGUGGCGCCGCGCUCGAUGA